CCCGAACAACGUCCCCCCCGUGAAUUACACAACACUGUGGUACACUAAAGGCAAGACAGAUGAGCCAGCUAAUCUGAAAGAUGAUUUAGCCUAUAGAGGUCGUAUUGAAUACAUCUGUGAAGGGUUAAGUUGUGCCUCGUCCAGCUGUAAUGGAAUGUGUACCCUGAGAAUCAAAGACCUGAGAAAAGAAGACUCCGAGAACUACAAGUUCAGGUUCAUAACAAACAUAAAAUGGGGGAAAUAUAGUGGCGUCCCAGGAGUGACGUUAUCUGUGACAGACCAGGUGAAGGUGUCUUUUCCUUCCUCUACUGAUCCUACCGGGGUGAACAUGACAUGUCACAGUACGUGUAGUCCUGUUGGUGGUUUUAAGUACAACUGGUUCAGAAAUGGACAGAAAGAAAGUCAGGGAAUGUACCACAAGGUCAACAUUAAUUCUCAAGACAACUAUUCAUGUGCUGUUGAAGGAUACAAACAACUCCGAUCUCCUUUGGUGUACGCUCCAAAGACCCCCUCAGUGACCGUGAGUCCCUCUGGUGAAAUAGUCAAAGGCAGCUCAGUGACUCUGAGCUGCACCAGUGAUGCCAACCCAGCAGCUGACUACACCUGGUUCAAGGAACAUGAUGACUCAGUGGGACAAUCAGGACAGAACUACACCAUCACUAAUAUCACAUCUGAGCUGGGAGGAAACUAUUACUGCCAAGCUCAUAAUGCAAUUGGACAUCAUAAUUCCACCAUUUUGUUCAUUGAGAUUGCAUCAUCAUCAUCACAGACAACAGCAGUAGCAGUAGGAACCAUUGGUGUCUUACUGGCCACCAUACUCCUCCUAGUCUUCCUCUGGAUGAGAACAAAGAGGGCCUACAGAACCAGUGGACAGGGAGGAAGGCCAGAUCCUAUGGAGCCACUUCCUGAUCCGGUGUAUGACAACGUCUCAGCUCUGUCCAAUCGCUCAGCUCCUGCAGCACAGAGACGACCAAUAGAAGAUCAGGAUGACCUUCACUAUGCCAGCGUCCACUUCUCUCGCUCAGAGAACCAGGAAGUGCCUCCCUGUUUGGCUGCCUUCCGUGUCCAAUCAGAUCAGACAGAGGAGGUCCUUCACUCAGCGGUCAACUUUAAAAGCCACAACGCUGUGCCCAAGGCCUGUGACCAGAGAGAGACUGGAGAAACCUCAGAGUUGUACAGCACUGUCAAGAAAACACCCAAGGGGGUUUGAUUGUUCCACUUGUAAUCACUGAUGGCUGCCAGUCACAGGGCCUGUUGUUCUUGUGGGAGCCGCUCAGCUUCAUCGCUGCCAUCUGCUGGUUACAUGAAUAUACUGCACCUGUAAGGGAUGUAUUAUUAUAGGUACCACCUUCUGGUUUCCUUAAUGUACUGCACUUUUCACGGUCUUAAAUGACAAUUCUGGUCUUGGUGAACUAACCAUCGUACCCAUCACCUGUCUGUCCUAUAUCCUUCUAUAUAGAUAAUCGAAUAUCACCCUUUUGAUUACUUCCUACAAUUUAGUAAAAAAACACAGAGAACACUUAGUGAUACCCAAAUGUAACCGCUUCAACUAAAAAGGGAUUUGUGGGUUAAUAUGUCUUUAAAUUGGAUGUGUGCUGUUAAGUUUGAAUUACAAUGCUGUACACUGCUCGUCUUCUAUUUCAUUAAAAGGUGAUAUUUCCAAUUUAUUAAUGUUAUCAAUGAAUGUUGUUUUGAGUGGUAUGAUCCUGUGACGGAUCUUACAAUAAAUGAAUA